AAAAGUAUUACCGUUUUCAUCGAUAGCACCUCUUCGCAUCUUGUGUGCGAUUUUUCUCUCAGCCGGUCGUGCACUUAUACAUCAAGUUUUUGUUUCCCGUGUUUUAAUGCCAAACAACUAAAACAUAAAUAAAAGAAACGAAAUCCGACCACAAAAAACAACAAAAUCGUGUGGACCAUUCCAAAUUCAUGUGUUAAAGUGUGCGCAUAAAACGUUGCAAAAGAAAUCGGGUGAAUGAAUUCGUGAUAAGAAAGUCAAUUUUUCGGAAGAAAAUUCUUGUCUUCCAUUUGGAUUUUUUCUUAUACCAGGCAGUAAGUUUAACACUCCGACGACGAAGAAAACGGAUUGUGUUUCUGCGUGUUUGCUUUGGUGUCGUGGAUUUUCUCCGACCAAAAAUGUUUGUUUAAAUUUAGUGUUUGAAGGCAAAACACAGUUUUGUUGAUUGAAUGAAUGAAAAGUGUGUUACAAUCUCAGUGUUUCGAAACAAAAAUAUCAAUCAAUUCAGGCGAUCAAAGAUCGGUCAGUGUUGUGAGUGAGUGGAAUUAACAAUUUUGUUUGUUUGUUUGGAUAAUUUAUUUACGCAUCACCCGACAAGAAACCCAUCGGAUUACCGGAGCUCCAGCAGCUGUUUCACCAACAAGACUUCAAUUGGAUAAUAGCCCGUCAGGAAAAUGACAAAGUAAUAUUUGGCACCGACUAUGGAAAAGGCAAUGAACCAUUCGUCUUCCGGACCGAAAGUAUCGCAAAUUGCGAAUUUAUUCCAAAGGAAGCCGGUGGAAAUGGAUUCCAAUGAACCGAUUAAAGACUGCCAGCAACCCACAACCGUUGUGCGAACCGAAUCCCAUUCCACGCGUUUCAACAACGCUCGUGCACUAUUCGAAAAACUGGGCGUCGAGAAUCGAGUACCGCGUCCAGCCGCACUCAGUUUAAAAAUGACAAAUUCCAGCAGCAAAGAAGACAUUUUGGGCGAUUCCAGUCCCGACCGUGACAACAUUCGAACGCCGUCACCGAAACGAACAAAGUAUCCGAUCGGUAAUGCGGUCACGAAUGGCGUACCGAAAAGGGAUCCGUCGAAAAUUCAGAACACGUCGCGUUUCAAAUCCGAAAAGCCGGAGAAGCCGGAAAAACCGGAACGCAAAUUUAAUUCCAAGGAACUGAUUGAAAAGCAAAAAAAUUGGACAUCCCAUUUCACGAAAGCCAGGACGACGCGAUUCAACAGUGAUCCGAAUCGUUGUGAUAUAAUCCGAACUGUUCCCGGAACAGUUCUCUAUUCCAGUAAUGACAUUACCUCCGAAUCGCCACCCACACCUCGAAUACAAGCUUCCAAAUCCGUUGACACACCCGUACGUCCAAAGUCCCCGCCAAGUCCACCAGUACGCCAAAUGGUACCGCCGGAAGUAAAACCUCGCAUCAUUAAACCGCUCAGUCCGACGAAACAACCGCCACCCAUUCCAACCAACAAACCGUACAGUCCGGUGAAACAUUACGCCGAACCACCGACAAAAACGGCGAGCCCAGUGAACAAAAACGACGAAUUUCCGGAAAAUCGUAAACGAUCCAUCGAUCUCAUUGAAGGUGACAAUUGUUUGGUGCGUAGUCCGCCGGUGGAAUACGCACAGGUGAAAAAGCAUUCCGUUGACAUUGUGUCGCCAGCUGUUGGUGUUAGUGCAUCGUCGAGUCCGGUACCGAGUACAUCAUCAGCACCGUCCAGUCCGACACACACGGAAGAUGAGAAGCAGGAAAAUGAAUCAACCGAAAAAUCGGAACGUUCCGAUAGCAUUCCACAAAGACGGUCAUCCAAAACAAAUUCCGAAUGUUCGGAAGGCGAUCGACCAGCUAACAGUACCGGCCGUCGAACAAACAAAGUUUCCAGUAUUUGUUUGAACAUUACGGAUUCCGAUUCACGUACACCAAGUAUUAUUAGCAGUACCGACGAGGGCGGCUUCAACGAACCAUCGCCCGAAAUCAAAGCAAAAUUGAAACCAGCCUACACCUUCGAUCCGAACGAAUGCGAUGAAUCCGCCAAUCAAUCACCCACCGCCAUCACAGCCCAGAACUCACUGCAUUAUGUCGAUUUUGGUUAUCGACUCAACCCAGAUGGCAGCGAAAGUUGUCAGGUGUUCGGUGAAUCGGAACUGUACCAACCAACCGUUAAAAAUGGCACAAAUGACACGGACGAAUUCCGGAAGAUAAAUUCGAAAACCAAUGGAUUCAGUGUGGAGUCGGUUGUGUAUGCGACGAUAAAGCCGGAAAUUCCGCCACCGAAUGAACUGUUUCUGGAAUGUGACUACCAGCAAAGCGAAAACAUCUAUCACAGUCCACAAACCAUAUUGGAUCCAACCAGGCGGACGUUAAGCGAUGACAGAGAAUCAACGGAUGAUGAUUUGCCUACACUUCUGCCGCCACCGCGACCACCACUUCCCGAAGGUCCACCGUUAGAUAUACAAGAUGUCGAAUUUGCCGAUGCUAGCGAUAAGGAAGACUAUUUGGCUGAGGAUAUGACAGCCGAUGAAGCUGAACGAUUGUUGAGUUCUAGACAACAGUCUCUACUAUCCGACGAACAAGCACGCGAAGUUGAAGAACUUCUCUCUGCUGAACGGGAAAAGUCGGAAAAAUCUGUUUCUAGUCACAUAAAGGAAACAUCGAAUGGAAAGUCCCCGGCGGACAACGAUCCAAAGUGUCCGAAUGCUGAUCUCGUCAAAGGUGGCAUCCUAGAUGGCAUCGAACCGCCGCAUGAAUUCAGCCUUCUGUCGAAAAACAAUGAAAAGAAUGCCAGCCAUGGCACGGCAUUGAAUCAAUCGGUCGAAGAGUCGAUGCUGGAAUCGAUUUUGUCCGUUGAAUCGAAUGUAACCGACAAUUCUGUGCAUAGCAUCACAACGACAACGAUCGACGAGAGUAUUACGUCCGGUAAAAUCGAAAACAGUUGCGUUGAGUCGGUGGCUAGCUCGAGAAUAUCGUUGGCCGAACCGGAAAUUACCGAUCCGGACACGUAUUUCAUACCCGAAUAUCCGCCAGUGUCGCAGAAGGAAGUGUAUGUUGAAGGUGGAAUACACUACUUUGAAGAUGGCAAUUUUUGGAUGGAGAUACCGGGACUCAUGGACUGUGAUGAGGACGAAGAUGAUCUAGACUAUCCGGUAUUCACCAAGAAAAAUAAUAAAAUUCGCUUCAGCACCGGAGCGAUUCAAGUAUUUUCAACGUAUUCGGUUCACGACUAUGAUCGACGGAACGAAGAUGUUGACCCGGUGGCCGCAUCGGCGGAAUAUGAACUGGAGAAACGUGUCGAGAAGAUGCACGUUUUCCCCGUUGAAUUGAUGAAAGGACCCGAAGGUCUUGGACUUAGUAUUAUUGGUAUGGGCGUUGGAGCCGAUGCAGGACUAGAAAAAUUGGGAAUUUUCGUUAAAACAAUUACCGAUAAUGGUGCUGCAGCUCGUGAUGGUAGAAUACAGGUAAACGAUCAAAUUAUCGAAGUCGACGGUAAAAGUUUGGUUGGAGUAACUCAAGCGUACGCUGCAUCCGUUCUACGCAACACAUGCGGUCUCGUCAAAUUUCAAAUCGGCCGUGAAAAGGACCCGGACAAUUCCGAGGUGGCUCAGCUAAUACGCCAAAGUUUGCAGGCCGAUCGUGAUAAGGAGGAUCGUCUGAAGAGACAACACGAAGAGUAUCUGCGCCGAACGUUAGACUAUUCGGAAGAUUCAACCCAACCGGCCUCGGCCAAUUCGAGUGUGUCAGAGGGGCCGAACAGUCCGCUGGUUUUGGAGCCGAUCAUGCAGUCAAUGGAUAGCGAGGUCAGCCAUUCGCAGGAGGUGGAGUCAUUGAAACGACUGUUACAGGAGAGCCAAAAGAAAAUUGCACAUAAUGAAGAGGAUAUGAAUAGCUUAAGGUCAAAGCUGGUCAAACUCGAAACCGAAGGAAACGAGGCUGAACUACUCGCAGAACGGCUGCGUCAAACGGAAAAAGAAUUGGCCAACAUCAAAAAGGAAACGUUGAACUACCAAAAUAUGUUGCAACAGUCGCAGACGCAAUUCACCGUACUGGAUCGUAAGUAUAACAAGGCCAAACGACUGGUGCGCGAAUACCAGCAACGGGAACUGGAUAUGGUGCAUCACGAGGAGUUCUAUUUGUCGCUGUUGCAAGAGAAGGACACCGAGUACAAUGCACUGGUGAAGAAACUCAAAGAUCGUGUGAUCAAUUUGGAACAGGAACUACAAGACACACAGAGAAAGGCUGGAUUGCCCGUGUCUCUGCCCUAUGACAGUGCUAGUCUGCGUUUGACGCCACAAAUGUCGAGAAGACAACCACCGAAACCGUUGUUCCAGAAACUGGAUACCGGUUUGUCCGACACAGAAGUAUCCGAUCUGUCGCCCGAUGGCGAAGACGAUAAAACGGCGACCGUCGAACGAAAACUUCCGCUGCCAGUCAAAGAUGAAUUGGACUCGGUGGUGCCACCACAUGAGCUGCUCGACAGUUCCGUUUUGAAAAGUAAGUCCGACCUUGCGUCUCGUGGUGCCAAACGACAACUUCCGACGGGAAAGAAAAGCUUAAGCAACAGCAGCUCGGACUGUGCGCUAAACGAUAGCGAAGAGGAGGGCGUUAGAACGGACUCAUCGUCUUCGAAGGGGGAAAAUGGUCGACAGAAUGGUCAUGCGUUGCACAGAAAUCGACCCGACGAAAAUGCAACUCCGUUGUACGCACAGGUGCAUAAAGAUCGCAGUCAGGAUGUCCACCACCAUGCGGCACAUUCGACCAUACCGAACAUUUUCAAAAACUCAAAUGAACAGAAUUCCUCGUACAACAACGACUUCAGCAGCUCCGACAGCAUCUUGGGCUCGAAUGACAAAUUGUCGGAUAAUGCGGACAGUUGGAUGUAUCCGAGCCGUCGACGUGGUGUCAAGGUGCAGCCUAAUUCAUUCACCGAUCAACUGAAUCAAGUCCUAUCCGAUCGGGAAAACCGACGACUAGGCGAUGGUUCGUCCAGUAGGGAUUCAAGCGACGAUUUUUCAGAAGUAAAUCGAUCGAGUACGGCGGCAACAUUAUCCCAAAAUUUGUUAGUGGAAAUCCGACAGGCUGUUAAUGAAGCGCAACCGAAAGUUAAAAACAUUUUGCCACAAUCACUGUCACCUCCCGGCACCGUACCAUGGCAACAACAAUCCCAACAAACCACCGGUCCUCCGUCGCCAUCCAGCAUGUCGUCCGGUUCAACAUCGCCCGGAUAUUCACCGAGUCGUGUGGUCGAUCUGUCCGGAUCCAGUACCAGUUUCUCCAGCGAUCGUCGUUCGCACAACUGGCAAAACGGUCCCGUACAGGAAUGGUCCAAGGAACAGGUGUGUCAAUGGUUACUAGCACUGGGCCUCGAGGCUCAUAUGCCGAAAUUUAUAGAGCAUGGCGUCGAGGGUGGAGCGCUGUUACAGUUGGACUCGCGUGACUUAAAGAUAUUGGGCGUGACGGGUGAUGACAAAUCGAAGUUUAAGCGCAAGCUGAAAGAUUUGAAGAACAUUAUCGAGAAGGAGAAGCGACAACAGGAGAAAGAGCGUAAGGAACGGGAGAAAUUGAUAAAGAAAGCGCAGAAGAAGGUGGAAAAAGCGGCGGCUAAACUAAAGUAAGAUUGGAAAUUGUAAUAAAUAAUUUAUAAAAUUCAUGCAUUCACAACACAACAAGACACAUAAACUACAUACACCACACACACACACACACGUGACAUAUACAAACGCGCACUUUUUUUUAGAACAUAGGAAAGCAUAAAAGAAAUAUUUAAAAUAUGGACUGACCUAAGUAAUGAAACGAUUUUUUUAGUUGGUAAAAUUAAUGAAAAAAACAAAAAGUUUUUGAAUCCUUGGAACUGUGUAAUUUUAGAAGUCUUAGCAUAAGAUCGACUAACCAUCCAAAUUUAGCAAUGUUUUAACACUAAAAAUAAUAAAAACAAAAAAAUUUGUCAUUUGUUUGCACUGCAUGGCGACCGUGCAGUGCAAUUUCAGAUGUGCCAAAAUUUCAACCAUCAA